AUGCUGUGGCCAGGGACAUUGCUGCAGCAGGAGUGUGUUUUGGCGGCCGUGUUGUCUGGGCUGUGGAGGAGCAGUCUGGGUGGCAGCCUGGAGCUAGGGUUUCAAGUGUCUGGGGAGGAAGACCUGGCCCUAGUGACCCAGCCUGUCUUCAGCCCUGCACCGCUAGCUGAGCAGGGACUCAGCCUUGAUGUGUACGUGUGGUUUGCCUACACGUAUGUCUGUGUUUGGGAUGAGCAGCUGGCCAGGUCUGCUGAAGCCUGGGCCACCCAGUGCAUCUGGGCCCAUGGGCCCUCACAGCUAAUGAAAUAUGUGGGCCAGAACCUCUCGAUCCAUUCCGGCCGGUACCGUUCUGUGGUAGAUCUCGUGAAGUCUUGGUCUGAGGAAAAGCGGUAUUACUCAUUCCCAGCUCCGAAGGACUGUGCCCCACACUGCCCUCAGCUCUGCAGGGGUCCUGUUUGCUCCCACUAUACCCAGAUGGUGUGGGCAUCCUCCAGCCGGCUGGGCUGCGCCCUUCACACCUGCAACAGCAUCCAUGUAUGGGGCAGCACCUGGCAGCAGGCUGUGUACCUGGUCUGUAACUACGCCAUUAAGGGCAACUGGAUUGGGGAGGCACCCUACAAGACUGGGAAGCCGUGUUCUGCCUGCCCCUCCAGUUACCAAGGCAACUGCAACAGCAACAUGUGCUUCUCUGGACUCAAAUCCAACAGGCUCCCAUGGAUCUAA